AUGCCAAGCCCACCCCCUGAAAUGGUCAACAUCCUUGAUCACUUGAGAUUCAGAGAGUUAAAUGAAGACCUUACCGGCUUAACCAACAUCAAUAUCCUAUCCUUCCAGGCAGCCGACAUGCUCAAAGCCGAAGCCACCACGCACACCGAGCAUCUUUUCCUCAACCUCAUUGGCAUGCUGGGAAUCUUCAAUCAGAAUUCCAUCCUCCAAAAGCAACUGGAGAGCCUCAAAGACGACUUUAAAGAGUCUAUCACCAAAAGCAACACGCAGGCAAUGUCCACCACGAACCGUCUUCAAGUUGAAUGUAUCGAGGGAUGCAUAACAGCUACUCCUAAAACCAUUCCCCCGCACCCGCCACCUCCAACCUUCACCCCCCACAUGACUACCAGCCUGAGCUUUAGUGACCACCACCCCACCCCCGACUGCCCAAAAAUCAUACCAACAAGUGGCGCAAGAAAACCUCAAACAAUAGGAAAUCGACUCUCCCAGAAGCAGGCAAAGGAAGCCCACCAACACACCUGA